AUGGGUAGCAUCGAGCCAUUCAAUCGGCUGGUUAAGCUGGCGGCGAGGGCUUUCUAUGACGACAUAAGUACGAAAGGUGAAAAUCAGCCCAAGACUGGGAGGGGCGACAACAGAGGGAUUGCUGUGGUUAUUCUCGAUGCUCUUACUCGGCGUCAGUGGGUGAGGGAAGAAGAUUUGGCAAAGGACUUGAAGCUUCAUACGAAGCAACUUCGUCGUACCCUGAGGUUCUUUGAAGAAGAAAAGCUAGUCACUCGUGAUCACCGGAAGGAGACAGCCAAAGGGGCAAAAGUAUACAAUGCUGCAGUAGCUGCCACUGGUGAAGGUCAACAAACUGGAAGGGAAGGGGACGAAAAACUCAAGAUGCAUACCCACUCAUACUGUUGCCUAGAUUAUGCACAGAUAUACGAUGUGGUAAGGUACAGAUUGCACCGAAUGAGGAAAAAACUGAAGGAUGAACUAGAGAGCAAGAAUACAGUGCAGGAGUAUAUAUGCCCCAAUUGCAGUAAGAGAUACACUGCCCUUGAUGCACUCCGGUUGAUCUCCCCAUAUGACGAGUACUUCCACUGUGAAAGCUGCAAUGGGGUGCUUGUGGCUGAAAGUGACAAGUUAGCUGCACAAGAAGUGGGAGAUGGAGAUGAUAAUGCGAGAAGGCGCCGUCAUGAAAAAAUAAAAGACAUGCUGACAAAAAUGGAGGAACAACUCAAACCGCUAAUGGAUCAGCUUGCAAGGGUGAAGGAUUUGCCUGUUCCUGAAUUUGGAAACCUUCAGGCUUGGGAACUUAGAGCUAAUGCAGCUAACCGGUCUGCCAAUGGAGAAAUGAAUAACAAUGACCCUUCUAAGUCUUCACAGGGCCUUGGUUUUGGUGGAACACCUAUGCCUUACGUUGGGGAAACUAAGGUCGAAGUUGCUUUUUCUGGUAUUGGGGAUAAAGGAGAAGAUGUCAAAUCAGCAAACACAAGUACACCUAUGAAGGUUUUACCCCCAUGGAUGAUUAAGGAAGGGAUGACUCUCACAAAAGAGCAACGUGGAGAGGCCAGCAAAGAGAUGAAGAUGGACGGGAGUCACGGGACACUGAAAGCUUCCGAGCUUUCUGAUGACAAAAAAUCCACAAUUGCUGAUGACGAAGCAAAGAAAAUACAGGAUGCAUAUAUCAAAGCUUAUUAUGAUGCUCUACUUAAGCGCCAACGUGAACAAGAAGAAACAGUCAAGAAGGAACAAGAGUCAGCUAGUGCUACAAUCUCUAAUGAGGGCUAUAACUCACCCACCGAUCGCCAAGUUGGCAUGAAGUCAAAACGGGAUGAUGAUGAUUAUGAUGGUAAUGGUGUUCAAUGGGAGGAAGCUCCUCCUACAGCUACAGGUGGCAGAACUGAACGCUUUAAAGUCGACUUGAAUUUGGAAGCUGAACCUUCUGAAGAUGAAGAAGAUGACAUAGAUUGGGAGGAAGGAUAG